GAAAUGUACCCUUUUGGUUAUCGGUGGUGGGGACAGGAGGGAAAGAAGGAAGCCGAGAUGGCUUUGAUCAGAUUAGGAUAGCUUGCCUGCCUAUCCAUUCCAAUCGAAUUAUCGUAGGAUUUACUACAGCUAGUGAAAAAUUACAACAAGAAGAAGCAGAAGCAGAUCUACUGCUCCCUAGCUUGUUUCGAUUUGAUCUCAGAUUCUACUCCGACCGUGGCAUCCAUCCAGUGUUGCUACUUUGCUCGAUCGCCAGCUUCAAAUAUUUUGGGGCAGUACGUAAUACGACAGAUCUCACCUUUCUAAUUGAGAUUGGAAUGAUUGCGUCGUCAUUGCUUUGCUUAUUGUGACUUGACGAGAUCAGAUCAGUACUUUGGAUCUUGAAUGGGUUCGACACAGUCCAUGCAAGUGGUGGAAGAGAGCGAAGAAGACGAAGAAGAAGAAGAGGAAGAGGGGGAAGGAGAAGAGAUCAACGGCAUUGGCGCGCCCAUCAGAAGUGAAUUGGACAAGGAUGAUGAUUUGGUCAAGAAGGUUCUGGAACAAGAGCCCGAGAUGCUCUGCCACGCAUCCGCAUCGCCGCUCUCGCCUCAGCUCUCCUCGCUCGGGACGCCGCGACUCGGACCCUCCAUCAAGGUGUGGGACCCCUACAACGUCCUCGCCCCCCCCACGCCGCCUCAUUCGGUCUUCUCCCGGAGCUUCUCCUUGGAGGACGAGCGCUUCGUGACCACCACGGAGGUGUUUCUGGUUUGUCACGGCGAGUGUGAGUUGAAUUUGAGGCCCGAUUUGGUGGGUGGCCGGUGCCCCCAGGCUGCGAUGACUCCCAAUGGCAAGAGGCAAGCGAGGGCCUUGGCGGUCUUCUUGAAUUCCCAGAGGGUCACCUUCAAUGCCGUUUACACCUCUCCCUUGGAUCGUGCGCGCUCAAUGGCGGUUUCUGUCUGUCAGGAAAUGAAUUUUCCUGUGGCACAGAUUCAAACCUCGGAUGCACUUGCAGAGAUGAGCCAGGGGCAGUGGGAGGGCUGCUCUCGGUCUGAAAUAUACACAGCUGAAGUUUUGAGCUUAAUUGACAGACUUCAGCCUGAUUUCUCUGCACCAUCUGGAGAGUCACUUAGGCAAGUAGAAUUUCAAAUGGUCCAUUUUUUAAAUGGGACAGUCCUGGGGUUUCCUGAAAAAUUGAGAGCAUACUUCCCAUCACACAAUCAGAAUGAGAGCCAAGGAUUCUCACACCAUAGUUCUCAUGCUUCAACCAACUCAAUACAUGACCGAGAUGGGCCUUCCCUCCCACCACCUCAAUGGGAUCUGCUUAACAGGCAGCGGCAGGGGCUCUUGAGGAAAAAGUCUGGUAAGAGUAGGCUGCAAGUUGUGACUACUACCGGAGAUCAUGAGGUUGAGGAUGAGGUUUCCCCCAGUGAAAUCGGUCACCAAAGUUCUCCACAUGAUUUAAUUGGCCGGAUCUCGUCAUCUGUUUCUUGUAUCGGUAUUUUCAGUCAUGCAGUGCCAAUCAAGUGUCUCCUCACAGGCAUCCUUGGUUGUAGCCCAGUAAUGUCACACAAGAUUUGCAUUGAAGACUCUUCAGUGACAGUUUUGCAGCAUUCAUGGAGAACAGGUUGGCAGAUAAAAAGGUUGAAUGAUACUGCGCACCUCAGGCUUAUGUAGAUGGAGAUUCCAUCCGUGCAUUAUGUUGACUGAUGGGGAAGUGAGGUUUAAGUUCUUGGCCAAAAUCUGACAUCAAUAUGAUGAAGAGGAGUGAAGCGCAUGACGCUACACAAUACAACACACGAUUUUUCUUAGAUUCGCAAUACCCUGCCAUUAAUUUGUUGUAACCUUUGAUAUAUUUAUUUUGAGAUUGACAACUCCAAAGAAGAAUGCAUUGUUGCUGGGGUUGCAUCCUUGUAUUGGGUGAUUCAUUUGAUUUAUGGUUUUUACGGAAGGAGAUGUUGAAAAUCAUGUAUUUCCUGUAUUACAAAGAAAUUACGGAGAUUCAAAAUUCAGAACGGUUGAUGAGUUUAUAUGUUGAA